AAGAGGCGGAAAGAAAUCGGGGCGCCGGCCUAUGGGAAGCGGCGGGAGGCGGGGCUCGGCGGCGGGCGGCCGCCAUUUAAGGGGUCGCGGUGCGCACCGGGCCUUUGUAAUGAGGGGUAGAGCAGUGUGGGGUGUCGAGCUGCCUGCUCGGGGCCGGCGUCGGCCCGCUGCUCUGAUGGACCUGAGGCGUUGUGCUUGGACCGUGCUGUUAGAACAAUGUCUGGAGAAACCGGCUCUCUGCAUGUCCCAUCUCUUUUGUCGUUGCUCGUGUUAAUGUAUUGUGAAGUUUUAGUCCUGGCUGUUUGCAGGUCUGUGCUCUGACAGUCGGCAGGUACAACAUCUGAGUUACAGCAGGGGCACCUCUGCUCAAGAAGAAGCUGAAUAUUCUGGCUAAAAUAUCUCCAGGAAUGGAAGAUAUGUCUUCUUGCCUCUACACCAAGGCUUUAACUAAUGGCAUGUGUGGCCUCCCACAUGGCUGUGGGCUGAAGGGUUUUGCUUCCCAAUUCACCUGUUUGUUCCACCUGACUUCUCUGAGGGUGCAGCCCAGCAGAUGUAAAAGCUGCCUCUCAAACAGAAGAAUGCUCUGUGCCAUUUCUCCAGCCCUGUGCAUAAAGGUGGCAGGGUUCGCUCAAUGGGUCCCUGCUGUGUCACAGGUGGAAGCAAGACAAAGGGUGACACUUAACAGCCUUGGUAGAACCCUGAGGGCACUGGGGAGAGCUGUCACUUGGUGUUUUACCUGUUGCACUGUUGUCUUUUGGCACUGAAGCCUCACCUGACUGCAGGUGUGGUUUCUAAAAUAGUGUUAUGCUCUCCUGUCACCAAAUUCCACUUUUAUAUGAAACCUGUCUCUCUAAAAUACUUUUCAGCUUAUCAGCCUACAGGACUGCUGAUAUGACAGAAUAUUACUUCCCAUCAUAAACUGUGUGGCUAUACAACUGCAGAGGAACUACAGAGACAGAUGUGCACAAAUUAUUUCAAAGCCCCUCUGCCAACCUGCUGAUGUCUACUGCAAGCCUUGAAUCUGCACCACAGGACAUGCAAUAGUCUGUACUCCAGUGUCUGCCCUCUCUAUGAGGAGGGGAGCUCAGUCCCCAGUGCUCCUCCAACACUUUGCAAAAUCCUGGUGGUAUGCUUUGACAGUCAACAUGCAGCUGCAUUCACCCCCGGGACUUGCACAGAACACAGGGUAGCUGUCAGGAAAUAAAUAGGGGAGGCAUUAUUUUUGGAGUGACCUACCUAAAUUUCUAGUAAUUCAAUACCCACAUGCUGAUGAUAAGGACUUGCUAACACAAAAUACUAAUGAUGAGUAAAAGAUGCGAGUGGUGCUCCAGAGGAGUCCGGGCUAAGGGCAGUGGGGAAGAAGCGUUGAUCUGCUUGAGGGCCCUACAGAGGGAUGGGAAUGGCUGCAUGGGGGGAUGGGCUGAGCACAAUCGGAUGAGGCCCAAAAAGACCAAGUGCUGACUGCUGCUCUUUGGUCAUGAUAGCCCCAGGCAACACCAGCAGCACCGUGCCCAGGUGCCCAAGAAGGCCAAGGACAUCCUGGUUUGUAGCAGAAAUGGUGCAGCCAGCAGGAGCAGUGAGGUAAUCGUGCCCCUGUAGACAGCACUGGUGAGGCCGCACCUCAAGUGCUGUAUUCUGUUCCAGGCCCCUCACUACAAGAAAGACAUGGAGGCCCUGCAGUGUGUCCGUGGGCACACAAGGGCAGUGGGGAAGGAAGAGGUCUGGAACAAAAGUCCCAUGAGGAGCGGCGGAGUGAACUGGGAUUGUUGAGUCCAGAGGAGGCCCAGGGGAGGCCUCACCACUCCGUAUAACUCCCUGAAUGGAGAUUGUAGCGAGGUGGGGGUCAGCCUCUUCUCCCAGGUAACAGCGAUGGGACGAGAGGGAAUGGCCUCAAGUUGAGCCAGGGGAGGUCCCCGUUGGAUAUUAGGAAGAACAUCUUUGCUGAAAGAGCGGUCGGGCACUGGCACAGCUGCCCGGGAGCUGGGGGAGUCAGCGUCCACGGAGGUGUUCCUGAACCAUGGGGAUGUGGCACUGAGGGAUGUGGGCAGCUGGGGGGUGUGGGUGGUGGGACUUGGUGAUCUUAGAGGUCUUUGGCAACCAUAGAUUCUGUGAUUCUAUGAAUCAAGUCAUUUAUUGUAAUGAGAGGUAAUCAGCAGCAAACAACCAAAAAGUAAAGCCUCAAGAACAUCAUGGAAACACGUAAGCGCUUGAUUUGGGAUACUGAUGGAGCAACAGGCCCGGUAGCGUUCAGGUGGGCCCAGGAGAGUGGACAUGUCACCCAGUGCCUUCAGCAGCACCAACACGCUGGGUUCCAGCAGGGCUGCAUCUGGCACCGGGCCCCUCACCCUGCGCUGGCUGCAAGAGCCGCCGCCCUCUUGCUUGGGUGCCCUCAGUCCCUGUGAGGUGUGAUGGCGUCACAGAGAGUGGCACAGAACAGCUGUUAUGACACACAGGGCAUGGAGCAGAGCUAAGGCUGCGGGGCUCAGGCUGAGUUCAGUGCGACCUGGUGAGGUUGGCACGCAGAGGACAAAGCCCAGCAGUGAUGGGACAGAGACUCUGCAAGUGGUUUCCGUCAAUACGCACAGUGUGCGUGGAGACGCAGGAGGGCACCGGCUCGAGGGAGCCAGCAUGCGUGCUGUGUGGCCGAGUGGAUGAUGACUCCAGCAUCCUUGGGCACAAGGAAGAGCACAGUGGAGUCUAUUUCCAUAUGUAUUGUUUGAAAACUGCCAAUAAUCUCCGUCUACCAGGAACAGAUAACAACAGAGCAAGGUUUUAUUUAGAAGACCUGAUAUGUGCAGUGGGGCAGGCAGAGCAGAAGCUCUGCUUUGUUUGUGGCAAGAAGGGGGCCUUCAUCACCUGCAUGGAGCCGGGCUGUGACCACAGCUUCCAUCUCCCCUGUGCCUCAGAGGGUGAAUGCAUCACCCAGUACUUUGGAGAGUUCAGGUCCUUCUGCUGGGAGCACCGCCCGCAGCAGGCAGUGGAGGCAGUGCCAGCACAGGACACAACCUGCGUCAUCUGCAUGGACCCCGUGGGUGACAGCAGAUCGUACAGCACCAUGGUGUGCCCAUCUUGCCAACACGCCUGGUUCCACCGGGCAUGUGUCCAGGAACAGGCCCUGUGCGCCGGGAUUUACUGCUUCCAGUGCCCCCUCUGCAGAGACAAGGACUGUUUUAGUACAGACAUGCUCACUUUGGGGAUCCGAAUCCCAUUCAGAAGACCAACAUGGGAGGACAGCGAUGCCUAUGCAUCCCUGGGAGCUAGGCACCAGCGCUGUGAUGCCAGUGACUGCCUUAAUCCACACGGCAGGGAUUGGGCAGAGGAAGAAGGGCCAUGGGAGUUGCUUCUCUGCAGCUCCUGUGCUGCAGAAGGGACUCAUCGGCGCUGUUCCUACCUUAGUCACAGCACAGCCGAGUGGGAGUGCAACACCUGUGUUGGAGAGGGCAUCGACUCCAACACAAAUUUGGACAGCGCUGGCCUGAGCACCAUCACCCAGCAGGAACCGGGGCCAUCCCGAGGCUCAAGCACCUCCAGCCAGGCACCAUCAGGGUCAGCUGAUUGCUCCCGUGUGCCUGAGAGCAGCGGCCGGUCCAGCCAGCGCAGGAUGGACCGGAGGAGAGCCCACCCGCAUUUACACCAGGAUGAGAAUACUUACAAUCAGCCCCAAGGACGCCGUGGGAGCUGCCGUAAUGCUGCCCCAAUUGCUGAGAGCAGCUCCCUAAACUCUGCCAGCCGUAGGACAUCAGAGUCCUCGAGGCAGCCCCCAGAACUUUGCUGCAGCCGCAGGUGCAGACAGGAACAGCGGGCCCGGACACGAAGCCGCUCUCCAUUGGAGCGCCGGGCCCCAGAUUCUCCAAGCCAGCCCAAAACAUGCUGUGGGAGCAGACGGGCACCAAUACCAAGUGCCGAGAGCUGCACCCACAGCUACACCACACUGAGAGCACCGCAGUCCUCGGGGGAUUCCACAGCGGCUGAUGGAAGCCGGCCCCAGCAGCCAAGGCGGGCGCGGACUCGAAGCCGCUCCCCUCUUGACCAUCGGGCUGCAGAGAUCCACAGCCAGCCCCGAAGAUGCCACAGGAGCCGGUCCCCAGGUAGCGAGGGCCACCCCAGGGGCGAAGCUGCUCCCAGGUUCCACGUCAGGGGGCCCAGAACAUCAACAGCCGGCCCUAAUGAUGCAAUAGAAACUGUCAUGUAA